CUGAAUUUCCUUUAUCUCUAUCACAACUCAUCAGUGAAAUGAAGCGUAACAAGAUCAGGAUCGUCGACAGCCUGACGUUCAAAGGGAUGGAAGCGUUGCAGUCACUGAAGUUGCAACGAAAUGGCAUCACCAAACUCAUGGAUGGGGCCUUUUUUGGGCUCAUUAACAUGGAAGAACUAGAGCUUGAGCACAACAACCUAACGGAGGUCAACAAAGGUUGGUUAUACGGCCUGCGCAUGCUGCGUGUCCUGCGAGUGAGCCAGAAUGCCGUGGGCAUCAUCCGACCAGAUGCAUGGGAGUUUUGCCAAAAGCUGGAGGAGCUAGACCUUUCCUUCAAUCAUCUGACCAGACUGGAGGACACUGCUUUUGUGGGAUUAGGUCUUCUAGAGAGCUUGAACCUUAGCGAGAACGCCAUCAGCCAUGUGGGAGAGAGGGUGUUCAGUAGUUUGGCCAAUCUGCGCACACUGUAAGUCUUACCUUAUGAAAUAAGAAUGACCUGUUCUGGUCAAUAAUUGGG